AUGGCUUUCUUCCAUAUGGAAAAUGAUAGGUCCACAAAUGCAACGUUCGGGAAGUGGCUGGAGUUUACGGAGAGAAACGGAGUCCAGAAAGUUAUGUUGAUCUUGUUGGAUGAUGGAAUUUUCUCUGGUUCUAUGAACUUGGUCUAUGCUUCUUCUCCCCAUGAAUUCAUAGGUAACUACAAGCUGAAACACGAGUGUAAUGGUGUUAGUGAUAUUCCACACCCUUGUAAAUACGGUGGCUUCAAGUUUGUAAAAUCCAUUUCUUUGUUUGGUGUUGUUACGGUGGGGGAAGCUUUCAAAUGCUUGUUGGGCAACUGUAAAUUCCUUGAAAAAGUAUUACUGAGUGGUUGCGGAGGUUUUGGUUAUAAUGUAAGAGUUGUUGGACCAGCUCUUGCAUUGAAGUAUUUAGAGAUACGGAAUUGCCGCAUUGAAAGCAUUGAAAUCAGUUGUGCAAACCUUGUUUCAUUUACUUAUGCUGGAGAUUGGAUACGCUUGUUUCUCUGGAAUGUGCCGCGGCUUGCUGAGGUGUCCCUUACCUAUGAUAGCAGAGCUUCUACAGUGUCUGUCUUCUCCAAACUGCACUCCUGUCAUCCUCAGCUGGAGGUCCUCACACUGAAAACAAGCCUGAUCCACAAAGAGAAUUAUACAUUUCCUGGCUUAGAAAUUCUCAAACAUUUGGAAGUAAAGAUUGCAACUGAUGAGGAUUGCUGUCUCCUUCAAUUAGCUUCUUUCAUUAAGGCUUCUCCAGAGUUGCAGAAACUGGUGUUGGAGUUCAAUGAUCACUCACUCAAUUUGUAUUAUGUGCCUAACCUCUCCUCUGUAGAGAUUAAUGCUCCCUUUCCGUUGUUGACAGGUGUGGUGAGACCGGGAAAUGGGAUAGGAAUCAAGGAAGCUGCCAAUUGCUCCCAUAACUCCCUCAGGGAAGUGGAAGUGAGAGACUAUCAUAUUCGGCCUGGUGACGAUAAGCUUAUCAUGUACUUAAUUGAGAACGCUGUUAAACUGGAAAAAAUUGUUAUGCAUCCUAAUGAAGAAAGGGCAGUAGAUCCUGCUAUGCGGCAGCUCAAAAGACAAGUCCCUAAACAUAUAAACUUUGUACGCCUCUAA